AUGCCUAUUCAUGACCCUUCGCACGUAUACGCCCAGCAGCUCAUCAGCUGUGGCCUAGGUCUACCACUCUGGCAACCGGAGCCGCCGACUUUCGGUAUUCCAGAGAUCGGUGACGCUGGCUUCAUCCAGAAUGGCUGUUUCUAUCGUCUCUUUAAUGCACUGAAGCCCGCAGACGAUCCACUGAACAGUCGUGGCGUUCCAGACGGAUUCGAACUCGUCAACUUUGAUGAGACCGAGUUCAUCCAUCCGCUUUGCAACUCCCUACCGGCAGGCGCUCUCUAUAACAAUUCAUCAGUGCAUUGCGACUCGCAAGCAGGCGUCGAGGUCAAUGGCCUACUGCAGUUGUCGUACUGUUUCACCUGCUAUAAUAAGCGAGCAGCAAUGGCUGUGGUAGCUGAUCCCGCUACAUCCACGGCAACGUUGAACAACCAGUCUCUUCCGACCUACAUGGCGAAUAAUUACGAGUCCUGGUACAACUUCGCGUCAGAUAGAGGGCACGCACUACGCCGUGGCGAUAUCUACCUUGUCCGCGGCCACGUUAGAGCAUCCAACAGGUGGGCCAUUGCAAGUUGCGAGAGCAGCGAACGAGGGCACAGGAUAUCCUUUAGUGCGGAGGCCCUCUACUUCACAUCGCCUCGCUUCAACUGGUCGCAUACAUCUAGCGACAAUGUGGGAAUGAGGCAACGGCGUGGACCAGGCCGCGCCGGGUCGAACGUCGCCGAGGGCCCCCCGCCGCAAGUCCUCGACCAAACGAUGUUCAUCAGCUACUACAAGCUCAAACUGAGACUUUGGAAGUUUAAACACAUCGUCUCUGGAGUCAACUCGAAAGACUCGGGCGGCAACGACGAUGACCCGUCGACAGGCAUGCUGGUACGCCGCCAUAGGACUCCCCCCUCCAACUCUGCCAGCCACGAUGCGCACCGCAAUGCGGAGACGGGAAGUGGUUCCCAAAGAUCAAACACUAGUUCAGCGUCGGGUAAAGGCAAAACGAAGGCAAAGGUUUAUGCGUUCGAGGGUGAGCCGGAUUCCCGCAUAGUGGACGAUGGAUCAGAAGAAGAGGUACAGUUUUAUGAUCCUCUUGACUACCUGCUCGACUAUAUUCUCGAGCAUUCCGAUGCACAAGCCGCGAUCGCCAGUCACGACGAUUUGUACACCGUGUGCGAUCUGUCGAAUUGGCCUGAAGAUAUCGCCGCUCACAUUUGCCAAGUCCAGCCGAAGAUCUAUAUUGGAGAGGGGGGGCUCGGGCAGCUCUUUCCUCCUCCUGAAGAUGGAACAGGCUGUAUGAAGCCGUCUGAAGGCUCUGUCAAGCUACAGAAAACGAAUAAGCCUUCGCUGGACCCAAAGACGGUGUGGAAUUUUAUUGUUGCAGAGCUGGACUCGGAGCUGAAUCAGGAAGACAGCUUCUCCUUCGCUGGCCAAUCUGCCUCGCACCACGCAUCGUACUACAACUUGCGCAUCUUCAUCCGCGCGCAGGCACGUGCCGCUACCCUUCCCGUCGCUCGCUAUUUGCACGAGCGCGCUACGGCAGUGCAUCCAGGUCGUCAACAGGCACUUUACGCUGUCUGGCUCGGCGAUGAUCUACCGGUAUCCUCUCGCGUCACUGUUAUCGUCUGCGAUCAUCAUGCUGUUGAUGUUGCAGAGAAGCUCGAGUGUGUCUAUAAGACGCUGUGCAUGUUUAAAUCUUUCGGAAAAUGGUGGGCCGGGUGCGAGGAGCGCACGAGCAGAGGCGCGAUAGCGACGCCCAGUCAACGUCACCAUCCUCAAGCGCCGCCUCCAUACACUAAUGAUUCGGAUCCCAAUAGUCUGCCCAGUGGCGAGGCCCUUAACACCGGCAGCUACCGGUACAACCCACCCGCACAACAAAGCGUUGGUGCGCAGUGGCAACCCGUAUCGCCACCGGCCCCCGACGGUGCAUACGCGUCCGAUCCGAACCUCGAGGCGAUUCUUGCAGGCCUGCUGCCUCCACCCUCUCACGAGAACUCGCUCGCGGUUAUAUCGCACGUCGCGCCACAAUACUUUCCGUCGGGGCAAAUUCUCCGACAGAGCGCUGCCGCUGAGUGCGGGGGAUUUUGA